UAUAAUGCCUCCAGAAUCAGGGUGAUGGCCGGAUCACUGCAAAAUGCAACGACACUUGAAGUCCAAGGUAUAAUUGGUCACCAGUUGUACGACGCUCUUACGCAUGAAAACAACAUCGCCUUACUGAAGCUGAAGACAAAGCUCAAAUUCGACCAGAGCACCAGACGAAUUAUCCUCUCUGACUCUCAGCCGCCUAUUGGAACGGUUUGUAGGGCCAGUGGUUGGGACUGCACCGGCAUCGCAUCUCCUCAAGAGCAUUUUCCAAACCACCUGCGAAGCGCCGAUUUGCCAAUUGCUGAUUGCAGUGAUUGUACUGGCUCUGGAAAGAGCGAAAUGAAGCCGAUUAUCCCAAAAGGAACGGUUUGUGCUGGAAACGUUCAAAAGGAGAAGCUGAUCUGCCAUGGGGACAUUGGCGGGCCGUUUCAUUGCCGUCUAAAUGAUGGCAGACGUUUCUUGCGUGGCAUAAUGAUCUAUGAAGUGAAUAUCCCUGGUGAACUUGUUUGUCCAGUAACAUUUACCAGCAUCGCUCAUCAUCUGGAGUGGAUUCGUUUCCAUACAAGAGAUACCGUGAGCAAGACCCGCUUGACGGCCGGCUGA